AUGCAGAGUGGGCUUGGGGAGGCAGAGCUCCAAGCCGUCCAACUGCUGCCGCUCUGGGCGUUGGUAUCCUUCGGCCUGUAUUCCAUAGCGGUCAUCGGGUGGAGCUUGGCGCACUUUCCCACGUGUUCAAAGGAUGCGGAGAUUCUUCAAGGCGAGAUGAAGGAAGCACAGAGCGAGCUCUGUGCGCGAGGCGUGCUGAGUGCAGAGGAGAUCGAGUGA